AGUGUGGUCUAAACAAAAUGGGAUUGUUUGGCGGCACAGCGCCACUGCUUAGACAAUUUACGCAAAUAUGCAAGACUUUCCAUCAAAAUCAAGCCAACUAUGGCAAAAUGGCGGCUGCACUGCGGCCCAAAAAAGCUAAGUCAACGAGAAAAGAGCCCCAAUACUUCUCCGAUUCAAAGCAAGUGCGCGCUGUAGGCGGAAAGGGUGGCGAUGGAUGUGUGUCCUUUCUUCAGUUGUGGUGCAAUGAACGCGCCGGUCCUGAUGGUGGUGAUGGCGGCAGUGGUGGACAUGUCGUUUUUCAAGCCUCCAAUGACGUGCGGAAUUUAAAUCAUGUCAGUAGUGUGCUCCGCGCAGAGCCUGGAAAUAAUGGCACUGCAAAGGAUUGUCAUGGAAAAAACGCCAAGCAUACUGUGGUCAAGGUACCAAUUGGAACUGUGGUGCGCAAUGCACAGGGCCUCAUUGUUGGCGAUCUGGCGCACGCAGAUUUAAUGUUUGUUGCUGCACGUGGUGGCGCCGGUGGCAAAGGAAAUAGGUUCUUCACUACCGACACAGAAAACAGUCCGAAAGUAUGCGAAUAUGGGCCACCAGGCGAGGACAUUAAAUAUACCUUAGAGCUGCGUAGCAUGGCUGAUGUAGGCUUGAUUGGCUAUCCAAAUGCCGGAAAAAGCACGCUGCUGCAUGCACUAACACGCGCUAAGCCGAAGGUGGCGCCUUAUGCUUUCACCACCCUGCGUCCUCACCUGGGUAUUGUGCAAUAUCAGGAUCAUGUACAGUUGACCAUUGCGGACCUACCAGGCCUCGUGCCGAACGCACACCGUAAUAAAGGACUUGGUAUACAGUUUCUCAAGCAUGCCGAACGUUGUACGCUGCUUCUUUUUGUACUAGAUGCCAGUGUGGAGCAGCCUUGGACACACUAUGAUCAGUUAAUGCACGAGCUACAGCAAUUUGGCGGAAGACUAGCAAAACGGCCACAACUUGUGGUGGCCAAUAAAAUGGAUGACGAGGCUAGUGCCGAGAAUUUCGAGGAACUCCAACGUAGAUUGCAACAACCCGUUUUGGGCAUUAGUGCUAAAAUGGGCCAUAACCUUGCGCAGCUACUAAUCAACAUACGGGCAAGCUACGAAUGUCACAAAUCACAGACAGAAGAGCCUAGUUAAAGAGGAAUUCUGUUUUCUUGCUGACUUUUAAUAAAAACUUAAACAUAACUUAUAAUAAAUAUUGUUAA